AUGCUGCAUUUAUCGGAAUACGAAGAGGACGUUAAAACUGACGAAGUGGAAGAUGAUUAUUUGAGAUUUGCUAGUUGCUUUAAAAACGUAUCGACAGACGAGAAGAAAUGUGCAUCACAAUAUCGAAGAAUGCUGCAUUUAUCGGAAUACGAAGAGGACGUUAAAACUGACGAAGUGGAAGAUGGUUUGAAGGAAACCUGCUGCGCAUUUACUGAAUUCGUUGGCUGCAAAUACGUUCAUACUUUGAGGGAUUGUGGUGAAGAAGCGAGCCAUUUCUUGAAACGUCAUUUGGACAGAAUGUCGGGAUCGUUGAUACAUCAGCAUUGCUCCGUUUAUACGUAUCCUUCGGAUACUUGCAAUUCUGGAAGUCUAAGAGCAAUGGCGGAUUGUUUAUGGUUGUUACUUGCAUUAUUGUUAUCACUAUGUAAAUGAAAAAAAAAAAAAUGCUUCAGUUUGCAAGCAUUUUAUAAAAUUCUUUUUCAAUCGACACGGAUAUAUAAUAAUUGUAGUUAAUUGU